AAGUUACGACCGGCUAAGUUUUUGAUAUUCAUUUUGCUACGGGUCAUUGUGGACACCAGCUGUUGGGUUAAGAUGUGAAUUGCCUAGUUCAUUGUUAAAUGCGGUUUUAAUUUAUAGUUUGAGGAACAGCAUUUGAUUAUUAAGCCAAAAGAGUGUGAUAAAUUUGGAGGAAUAGUAAUUGUAAGCUAAGCUAAGCCGACGAGAUCGUGGUUAGGUUUAUGGUGAAGUAAGUAGACUGCACAAGCGCUAAAGUCAUGGCUAGAUAGCUUUUGCGUCGAUCCAUUUUAAGUCUCAUUGACCCUAGAAAAGUGGAUCUCUUCACUCCACCGGAGGUGAAACGUAACCGCAGCUUGUUGAGAAGUAUUGGGCUCCCUGAAUAAACACUCUUCACGACUCGUUUUAAUUCAAGUCACCACCGUCGGCUUCGCCAGGUUUUAGUCAGGCCAACGUUGAACACAGAAUGUCGACCGAACAGCAAAAUCCGCGAGUGCAAAGGACCGUUUAUACUAUUGACGGAAUACUGGGUUUGAAGGCGGAUCAAUCGCGUCGACAAGAUAAAGAAAUCAAAGAACAAAAACAGAUAAAAACAGAAAAUAAUGAAUUGACAAGCAAAACAGAUGGUGCAGGCGAGGAGUUGAAAGAGAACGCUGAUGAAAUCGAAAAAAUCUCCGAGGAUUAUGAUCAAGAGGUAGAAAGCGAUGAAAGCAAGGGAUCACCGAACAGUAAACGUAAACAACGGCGCUACAGGACAACGUUUACGAGUUACCAGCUCGAAGAACUUGAAAGAGCUUUCGCAAAGACUCACUAUCCCGAUGUGUUUACGAGAGAGGCAUUAGCGAUGAAAAUUGACUUAACAGAAGCAAGGGUACAGGUGUGGUUCCAAAAUCGACGAGCUAAGUGGAGAAAGCGCGAAAAGGCGCAAGGAGUACGGUUACAUGCGCCAUUAGGCUUGAGCAAUUCAUUGGUUCCUCCGCCAAUGGCCGCGUUUUCGUCAGACAUUUCCAGUAAAGGUUACGACUUGGGCUGGGGAUCAAGCUCUCAGAUACCUAGCUUCCCAGCAUUGAGGCUACCUAUCCACCCAGCCUUCUCCCCUAGUGCUGUGUCUAGCUCUUGCUAUCCUUCUCACCCUUCACACCCUCCGUACCACCGAGACUUCUACCCAAUGUUAGGUCCAACGUUUCUAAGUGCGCCACACUUGUCGUUCAAGCCAAAUCCUUUCAAGUGUGGUUCUCAAGAACUUUUAGGUAAUUCUUUGCCAAACGAGCGAGAGACAGAAAGACGGACAUCCAGUAUUGUUGCGCUCAGAAUGCGCGCGAAAGAACACUCUAGUGGAUCUUCAACCCAGUGACUUCCAUCAUGACAAACAUCUCUACUUAGUAUUAUGAAAAUAUUUUGUACUUUUGUUCACAAUCAUACGAGUUAGUUUGCGUCUUACUGGACGUAAUGAUAACAUAUGGCUUUGGAAAUAAUAACCCGUGUAGCUGGUUUUUGCUGGUUGCUGGUAUACAAGGGUCGAUACGUCUUUUGAUGAUGAUUAUUACUCUGCAGCCUGCGAGAAUAGCAACUUAACACAUACUUAUCACAUCACUUCCAGCUCAUUCACUUUACUGAUGUAAAACUGUGUUAAGAGUUUCAAAGCCUUGUUAGUUCUGGCUGCACUUCCCUGAACAGUUGAUCAGUACCGAAUAAUGAUGAUUUGAAGCAGAUUAAUGUUUAUAAGAACCUAUAAAAUAAAAAAACUUUAAACCGAGAA